AAGUCACCUCAACAGAUCACUCCAACAUGUGGAUGGCCAAUCAGACUCUGGGUGGUGACUUUUUGCUACUGGGAAUCUUUGACCAGAUCUCACACCCUGGCCUCCUUUGUUUAUUCAUCUUCAGUCUAUUUUUGAUUGCUGUGUCUGGGAAUAUUUUAUUGCUACUUCUGAUUCACACUGACUCCUCUCUGCAUACUCCCAUGUACUUCUUUAUCAACCAGCUCUCACUUAUCGACCUGAUAUAUAUUUCUGUCACUGUCCCCAAAAUGCUAGUGAACCAGCUGGCCAAGGUGAGGACCAUCUCGGUCCUUGAAUGUGGGACCCAGAUGUACUUCUACCUGCUGUUGUUAGGCGCGGAGUACUGUCUUCUAGCAGCCAUGGCCUAUGACCGCUAUGUGGCCAUCUGCCAUCCACUCCGUUACUCUAUGCUCAUGAACCAUAGAGCGUGUCUCCUCCUGUCGUCUGGCUGCUGGUUCGUGGGCUCAUUGGAUGGCUUCAUGCUCACUUCCAUCACCAUGACCUUCCCUUUCUGCAGAUCCUGUGCGAUUCAGCACUUCUUCUGUGAGGUCCCUGCUCUACUGAAGCUCUCCUGCUCAGACACCUCACUCUAUAAGGUUUUCAUGUACCUAUGCUGUGUCUUCAUGCUCCUGAUCCCUGUGGCAGUCAUUUCAGGGUCUUACUACUUUAUCAUCCUCACCAUCCACAGGAUGAACUCAGCUGAGGGCCGGAAGAAGGCCUUUGCUACCUGCUCCUCCCACAUCACAGUUGUCAGCCUCUUUUAUGGAGCAGCUGUCUACACCUAUGUGCUCCCCAGCUCCUACCACACCCCUGAGAAGGACAUGAUAAUGUCCUUUUUCUACACCAUUCUUACACCUGUCUUGAAUCCUGUCAUUUACAGCCUCAGGAACAAGGAUGUCACGGGGGCUCUGAAAAAAUUGCUGAGAGUAGGGAAAGCUCCAUAUUCAAGUUAGUCAGUCCUCUCUUCCUUAGUGCCUCCCUCCUUUAGAUAUCCCUCCACCUAACAA